AUGCACUUUUGACCACCUGCCGUGGGGUGAAAGGAGCGCCACAGUACCCUGGGGAGGGGCCGUACUGUGCCGGCGGGCAGAGCACCGCCGGCGGCCGUCCGGCAGGUGGAGGGGCGGCGCCUGCCGCGGCCAGCCGCGCUGGAAGGGGUACAGCCAGGUGGAGGUGGGGGAGGAGCCUGGCCGGGCGGCGCCGGCCCUGACUAUCGCGGCGCGCCAGUAUCGCCACCGGAGCUCGGCGGUGCCGUCUGUCGCGCGGGCGAACCGGUCGAGUGCGCGAGCGACCGUGUAGUCAGCGAGUGAGGUGCGGCAGCAGACCACGGCCUGUCACAACAUCGUCUGCCAGAGCAGACGCCAGGUCGCCAACAUGGUGCAACACGUGAAUAUACGCGUGACGACGAUGGAUGCCGAGCUGGAGUUUGCCAUCCAGCAGAGCACCACCGGCAAACAGCUCUUCGACCAGGUCGUCAAGACCAUCGGCCUGCGAGAAAUCUGGUUCUUCGGCCUUCAGUACACCGACAGCAAGGGCUACAUCACCUGGCUCAAGCUCAACAAGAAGGUCACCAGCCAAGACAUCAAGAAGGAGGCGCCGCUGCAGUUCAAGUUCCGCGCCAAAUUCUACCCGGAGGAUGUCGCUGAGGAGAUCAUCCAGGACAUCACUCUCAAGCUGUUCUACCUGCAGGUGAAGAACGCCAUCCUGUCGGACGAGGUGUACUGUCCACCGGAGACGUCCGUCCUGCUCGCCUCGUACGCCGUCCAGGCCAAAUAUGGCGACUACCAGGACGAACAACACGAGAAGGGCUUCCUCUCCAACGACCGGCUGCUGCCACAGAGAGUGAUGGACCAGCACAAGCUGACCCGCGAGGAGUGGGAGGACCGCAUCACCAACUGGUACAAGGAGCACCGCGGCAUGCUCCGAGAGGACGCCAUGAUGGAGUACCUCAAGCUCGGACAGGACCUGGAGAUGUACGGAGUCAACUACUUCGACAUCAAGAACAAGAAGGGCACCGACCUCUGGCUCGGUGUUGACGCCCUCGGACUCAACAUCUACGAGAAGGAGGACAAGCUGACGCCCAAGAUCGGCUUCCCGUGGUCGGAGAUCCGUAACAUCAGCUUCAACGACCGCAAGUUCACCAUCAAGCCGAUCGACAAGAAGUCGCCCGACUUCAUCUUCUUCGCCCCCCGUCUGCGCAUCAACAAGCGCAUCCUGGCUCUGUGCAUGGGCAACCACGAGCUGUACAUGCGCCGCCGCAAGCCGGACACCAUUGAGGUGCAGCAGAUGAAGGCUCAGGCCAAGGAGGAGAAGCAGGCCCGCCAGACGGAGCGCCAGAAGCUGCAGCGCGAGAUCGCCGCCCGCGAGGAAGCCGAGCGCAAGCAGCGCCAGUACGAGGACCGUCUGAAGAGCAUGCAGGAGGAGAUGCAGCACCGGCAGCAGGAGCUGCAGGACGCUCAGGAGACGAUCCGCCGCCUGGAGGAGCAGCUGCGCGCCCUGCAGGCCGCCAAGGACCAGCUCGAGAGCAAGCAGAACGAGCUGCAGGCGAUGAUGGUGCGCCUGGAGGAGGCCAAGGAGAUGGAGGCGGCCGAGAAGGCCAAGCUGGAGGAGGAGAUCCGGCUCAAGCAGGAGGAGGUGCAGACCAUCUCGGCCGAGGUGCAGUCCAAGGACGAGGAGACGCGCCGCCUCCAGCAGGAGGUCGAGGAGGCGCGCAAGAAGCAGCAGGAGGCCGCCGAGGCCCUGCUGGCCGCCAGCACGCCCAACCACCACCACGUCAACGACCACGACGAGGACGAGAACGAUGAGCUGGCCAACGGCGACAUCAGCCGCGACCUGGGCAACGAGGACGACGGCAGCUUCGAGGACCCGGUCAACGAGCGGCGCACGGCCACCGAGAAGAACGAGCGGCUCCAGGAGCAGCUGCUGGCCCUCAAAGACGAGCUGGCCGAGACCCGCGACGACUCCAAGGAGACGCAGAUGGACAAGCUGCACAAGGAGAAUGUCAAGGAGGGCAGGGACAAGUACAAGACCCUGCGCGAGAUCCGGAAGGGCAACACCAAGCGGCGUGUGGACGCGUUUGAGAACAUGUAGACGGUAGGAGCCGCGGCGCCCGCCGCCGCCAGCGCCUGCCGCCCCGCCCCGCCCCGCCCCGCCGUGAGACCGGGCGGACUACUUAGCGGCGUCGGCCGCCCCGCGCCGCCCCUGCCGCCGCCGCCGCUGCCAUCGUCAUCUGGUCAGCGGUGCGCCCGUACCGAGCAGUCUUCCGCGGCGCCAGCGGCGGCGGCCGGCACCGAGCCGAGAGCGCGGCGCGGGCGAGAGUGUACAGACAGACGCAGCGAGAGCGAGCGAGCAAGAGUGAGAGGGAGCGAGCGAGUCCGUGAACGAGUGAGCGAGUGCCGGAGAAGAUGCGCGCGCCCGCGAUACUUCCGCCCCUUCCGGUCCUGUAGCACCCGGCUAAGCGCGCGCGCAGAGCCGCUCUCGGAAUUGCCGCUUCGUGCGAGCGGCUCAGGAGAAGCCGCCGAGGCAGGGCGCCCCCGUUUUGAGGAUGUCUUUACCAGCUGAGCGAGCACCGGCCAGGAUAGGUCGCUGCGAUCGCCCCGGGUCUUCAUACGGCCGUCCGAGCCCGCGUGUGUUGUGGAUACAUGUUACAGUGAGAUGUAUUUUCCAUUGGAGUUAUCUAAUCGUUAUAUAAAAAGUGCCUCCGGUCUCUGUGCCGGGCUUCGUAACGCGGGAAUAAAUGCUAUUUUGGAGGUG